AUGGCUGGAGAAGUAAGUGAACUAAUGGAACUGUUGAAUUGUAUCAGACAAUUUGAAAUGGACAUCAAAAGUGAGAACGAUGAAGCCGAGAAUUGGCGACAGUGUAUUCUUAUUAACGAGCAAAGAAUAAAGAAGUUUGCAAAAGUUAAGCAGGAACUGCAGAGUGUAUUGAGAAAUUCCCAACAGGAAGUGUCACGAAUGCGCGAGAAGGUCCGAAAAGCCAAAAAAGACUUCGAUUACUGCGGCAAGCAAGUAGCAGAGUACACCGCUGCAAUUGAAGCUACUCAAUGUGAACAUCAUGAAUUGAAGCGCGAAAGCGAAGAUCUGAAUGCAAGACUUUCUGUGGUGAAGGGAAAUAUCCUAGAAAGUAUUUUAAAAACCCAAAUUCAAAUUUAUAAACAAACUCAAGAAGAAAAAAAAAGAAUCGAUGCCAAGUUAGGACUACUCGGUGGUAUCGACAAUGGGCCGUGUCACGAAGAUGUAUCAACCGCUCAAAUGCAUAGUGACAUGUUAACUUCAUCUCCUAAUCCGUCUCUUGAGAGGUGUUCUCAAAGCCCAUAA